UUCACAUGUGAGUUUAGUUUUGUGCAUCCAAGUAUAGAUUAUUGGUUUUAACCAUCUCACUAUGAAUAAUGUAUCGAUACAGACAUAUCUAUGAGACACAUCUAUGAGACUAUAAGUUAGUUAAAUUGCAUAUCUGUUAUUGCAUUAUAUUUUCUGUUAAAAAAAUCCCCAAGUGAUUUUGGUGUAGUUAAUUGCAAAAGUUACAUUUUGAAACAUAAUUACACUUUUGUUUUGUUUGUUUUCAAAAGGCUCUCCCUGAUCCACAUUUUGUUUGUGAGUGUGGUAGGCUUGUCAAUACAAGUCAUUAACACAGCAAUGUUGCUGCUGUCUUCAUCAGUUCACCAGUUGACUUCUUAAUUGGCAGAAGUGGAUGGGUUGCAGACCAACCAUUGCAAGUUUACAGUUAAUAUAUUAUGCCUGGGAUUGUGGCCCAUCUCAUUGGUGCAUCUCUUCUUGUGUGUUUUGCACCAAUAUUUUCAAAUGCAGAUUCUGACACGCCUGUGAUAAAAUGUUACCAAUGCCAUUCCAAGUACGAUGACCAUUGUAAACAUAUCUCAGUAAAUAGCAGUGUUUAUUUCAAGCCCUGUGAGGACAUAGGGAAGUAUGCUGGGCAAAAACCAUUCUGCAGGAAGAUUGCUCAAAAAAGGGACGGUAUCAGAUGCUACGUGUGUAACUCCAAGCAGGACGCUCGGUGUUUGGACCCCUUCGUCGGCAACUCUACCUCCUCCGCGCCCAUGGACACGGUAGACUGCGAGUACGACAACACGGUGAGAGCAGCGCUGGAGACGGUGGCCAACUUGAUGACGAAGCUGGGGCAGGCUCCGGCCAGGGACCCGACCGACGUGCUGGCUCAGGCACCCUCCGUGGAGGCACCGCAGGAUGGGCCGAUACCCGCGUCCUGUCAGAAGAUAGACCUCAUUGUUCUAGGAGAGCGAGUGACCGGGAGAGGAUGUUCAGUCCAUCAGCUGGAGAGUUUCAACCCUUGUGACGCCGUCAAGCUGGUCACCACAGCUGACGUCACUCUGGAGUUCUGCGGAGUUUGUGACUACGACGGGUGCAACAGCCGUCCUCUCCUAGCCUCAGGGGCGCUCCUCCCAGCAGCCGCGGUGGGACUGUACUGGAGUCUGGUCUGAGACGACCCCGCGGUCAAGGACGCUGCAAUGAUGCUUCUAUGCAUCUUUAACAUUGCUAAAGGAUGCCUCAAACAAUGUUAAAGAUGCUGUGUUCUUCUGUAUUAUAGUUCUAAGAUGUACGAAUAUCAAAGAAGCAUCUUAAAAAUUGGCAUAUGAUGCUGACAUUUUCAAAUUUAGAAUAUAGAUUCAAAAUCGUUAAGUAUUUUUAAUGGAUGGGUUUUCGAAGUAAGUUUUUAAUCUGUCGCCUUAAACAUGUUAUUAGACGUUCCUACCUAACUGUAAGCUAUUCGAUUGGUUUGUAAG